UUGGAGCGCUCACCAGCCACUUCCACCCGAUUCCCCCCCCCUCUGAAAACACAAAUAAGAGUGUAACUUCCCGGAGGCUGCGGUUUAAAUCAUGGCCCCUGCGAUCCGGGCCAAGGGGAGAGAGAUGCCUGGUUACGCUAAAUAAGCCGCGGAGAUGUCCCCGAGUGGGUUGGAAAUACUUUGGCCAUAGCGCGGAGAGGAGAUCCGAGGAGGACCAGCUCUGCCACGUUUGGGCCACCGAGAGAGCAGCUCGCCUGACCUAGCACAUUGGCAAUUCUCAAUCCAUGAGAGGUCCUUCCCUCGUGUGAUCACUGACAGUAAAGAAGAGAAACAGAACACCCAGAUGCUUAAGGAAGAUUUCUAUUCUGGGCUGGAGGAACAGAACUUGUAAAACAAAUACCACUUGCUGUGCCAUAGCACAUGGAUUUCAGGACCUCCUGUGAAGAGACAAAGACAGGGAUUUGUUUGCUGCAGGAUGGUAAUCAGGAGCCUUUCAAAGUGCGACUGCACUUAGCCAAAGAUAUUUUGAUGAUCCAGGAGCAGGAUGUGAUCUGUGUGUCUGGUGAGCCUUUCUAUUCUGGUGAAAGAACGGUAACAAUUAGAAGACAAACUGUAGGAGGAUUUGGAUUAAGUAUAAAGGGUGGAGCAGAACAUAAUAUUCCUGUGGUCAUUUCCAAAAUUUCCAAAGAACAAAGAGCUGAACUCUCAGGUUUGCUCUUUAUAGGAGACGCAAUUCUACAGAUUAAUGGAAUUAAUGUAAGAAAAUGCAGGCAUGAAGAAGUGGUUCAGGUUCUUCGCAAUGCAGGAGAAGAAGUGACCCUAACAGUGUCCUUUCUGAAAAGAGCACCUGCUUUUCUCAAAUUGCCACUGAAUGAAGAUUGUGCAUGUGUCCCUAGUGAUCAAAGCAGUGGCACAUCAUCUCCCCUCUGUGACAGUGGUUUGCAUCUCAACUACCAUCCCAACAAUACGGAUACCUUAUCAUGUUCCUCAUGGCCAACAUCACCAGGACUUAGAUGGGAGAAGAGAUGGUGUGAUCUCCGAUUAAUCCCGCUCCUUCAUUCCCGUUUUUCCCAAUAUCUCCCAGGAUCAGAUCUGUGCAGGCAAAACGCAUUCCAAGUAAUUGCUGUGGAUGGAGUUUGUAGUGGAAUAAUUCAGUCUCUUUCUGCUGAAGACUGUAUGGACUGGCUACAAGCAAUAGCAACUAACAUUUCCAACCUCACAAAGCACAAUAUAAAGAAAAUCAACAGGAAUUUUCCUGUAAACCAGCAGAUAGUCUAUAUGGGCUGGACCGAAGAACGGGAACAAGACUCCCUUCAGGACCGAAUGUACACACCAAAGUUUCUAGCACUGAGGGGUUCCUCUCUUUACAAAUUUAUAGCACCUCCAGUCACCACAUGGGAUUGGACACGAGCUGAAAAAACAUUUUCAGUUUAUGAAAUUAUGUGCAAAAUUCUCAAGGACAGUGAUCUCUUGGAUCGUCGGAAACACUGCUUCGGUGUCCAAUCGGAAUCUGGAGAAGACCUCUACUUUUCUGUGGAGUUAGAAUGUGACCUAACCCUAUGGGAAAAAGCCUUCCAAACAGCAACUUUUUUAGAAGUUGAACGAAUUCAGUGCAAGACAUAUGCCUGUGUUUUGGAAAGUCAUCUUAUGGGGCUUACCAUCGACUUUGGCAUGGGCUUUGUCUGUUUUGAUGCUGCCACAAAGGCUGUGCUUUGGAGGUACAAGUUUUCCCAGCUUAAAGGGUCUUCGGAUGAUGGCAAGAGCAAAAUCAAAUUUUUGUUCCAAAAUCCAGAUACAAAGCAGAUUGAAGCAAAGGAAUUGGAAUUUUCCAAUCUGUUUGCAGUCCUACACUGCAUCCACUCAUUCUUUGCUGCUAAAGUGGCUUGUUUGGACCCAUUGUAUGUAGGCAGUCAAGCCACCACAUCUGCUGUUGCAACAACUUCUGGAACUGGAAAAUUAAAGUAUACUACUUGACAACUUGCAUUUCAGCACUGCCACUUACCAACAGUACAUAAUGAUGUAUAAAAUAUUAAUCAAAUUUAGACCUUUGGGGAACUGCGAACCUGGAAACCAAUCCAAAAGGCAAGUCAUGCUGCAGUUUCAGCAGAAAAAUGGUCACACGGGAUCGUACAUUCAUCUCUGUUCUGCAACUUCAGUAAAUAAUCCUAGCUGAAACCCUGGAAUAGAAUGGAUAUGCUUUUAGUAUGAUCUAUUUGUACUACAUAGUGCUUUAAGUAACACUGGAGGCAAAACAAAAAAAAUGACACAGUUGAAGCACUUAAGUAUUUAAUAAAAUUUUCAGCUGUCUGUAAUAAUACACAACUAGGAUUGUCAUUUACUUGUUUUCAGAUGUUUUUAUAUGACAACAUACAAAGCUCUAUGAACUUAGGGCAAUAUCAUAAUAUUAAAAAUGACAUUACAAUAAGCAAGAGGCAUAUAGUUUGUGACAACAAGGAGAUAAGCAUGAAAAGGCAUUUGUGUAAGUAUCUCCUCAAAGAAGAAAGCACUUUAAACACUUGUAAAUUCAUUGUUUUCCUUUAUGGAAACAUGCUAUUGUUGUUUAUUUUGUUGUCAUUCUGUUCUACUAGUAAUGAUAAAGUUAUAGCCAUAUUGAUCUAGCACAUAAAGACAAAUAGAGUGGAAAAACUUUUCCAGGCACAGGACAUCUUUGAGUCAAAAUAGGUAGGAUAUGAAUUUGAUUUCAAUUAUAAAUUAAGUACAAGCUAUGAUAGAUCUGAUUCUUUUGUUCAUUCUUCCAUUUUAAAGGGAAGUAGGUCUUGUAAUCUAAUGGUACUUAUACACGAAACCCAAGCAUUGAAUUUUAUUUCAGACAUUGUACACUUGUGCAUUGUUCAGUAUGCAAUGUUGAUUUCAUAUAACAAGCCAGGACUCGAGAACUCUGUUCCACUCAGGAUCUUAAUAAAACAGGCACUAAGAGUUACACUAGAAAAAUGAUUUCACGCCUUGAAUUCUUAUCAAUUUCAAAUACAUUAUUCCUAUUUUUGUAAUUUAAGAUGGGAACAAAUUAAAUAACUGAAAAGGUAGAAUAAUUGACAUAAUUCACAAUAACUUUCUCUAUUAAAAUAUGAAAUUAUCUAGGACCACGUAUUGUAUUCUAAGAACUUCAUUUCAUAUGCAUGUAAAGUUCAAGAAGUAAAUUUGGAACUACUGUCCAUGUAUCCAAAGAUACAUUACUUGAAUAGCAUUUUUGCAAAUGACUGCAAUUUUGAACCAGCAGAUAUAUCUCUGAACAUGAUCAAAUGUUGGGAAUAUGCAGAAGCGAUGAGGAGUCCUGUGGCACCUUAUAGACUAACUGAAGUGUAGGAGCAUAAGCUUUCGUGG